UAGCAGUCCUCGAAUGGUAAUACAGUAAUAUAAUUUUUGAGUAAUCCACCAAACAGAGUGUAGGCACAUCCAAUAAUCAAUCCAAGAAAUAGAAAAUGACUAAAAGUUAUUUUAAAGGAGACCUUUCAUAAUCCGACAUGAUAGUGUUGACAGAGUCCGAAUUGAAGAGAAUAAAGGUAUUUGGAAGAAAAUGAAAAUAGAAUCUAUCAGUUAUAACAACAAAAGAGGAGUAAUUACAACACAAAAAGUUGAUGGAAGAAUAAAAAGAGAAAUAGUUGGCAGAUGCCUAAGCAAAAAAAUAAAGAAUGUUAUAGAUUGAAGAGGAGAAGAAGAAAUCUAUUCCACUGAGUUAACAAGAACAGGAAGAUAAAUUUGCCAAGGAUUCCUUGAUAUCAAGAGUUUUAUAAAUUAUAUUUAUGUCAUUAGGCUUAGGAAAUAAUGAAUGAACAAAUUGAUGAUGUCAAAGAGAUGAAUAAAAUGGUUAUGUACGCUAAAUGUGUUACAAUCAGAGAUAAAUAACUGUAAGAAAAAAAAGAGUUAUAUGAUCAAUACAAAAUGUAAGAAAAACGAAAAGACUUGAUGAUGGAGAUAGAGAGACUUAGAGCAAUCAAAUAUCAUGAAGAAAAGGAUUAGAAAUAAAAACAAUAAUUAAAACAUGGGCAUGAAAUCAUAAUUGAAUAAAUUAAAGAAAGAGAAUUGAUAAGAUUGAAAGAGAAGGAAGAACAAGAAAGAGAAGGACAGAUUAUGCUUAAAUAAAUUAAACAAUUGUAAUAGGAAGAGGCUCAUAAGGCCUAGCUAAGAAAGACUCAACAAGCUAAGGUGCAAGAUGAGAUCCUUGUGGCCAACCAUAAGGCCAUUUUGAUCAAAGAAAAGAGAAUACAAGAAGAGAGAGAUGAGGAAGAGAAAAUAUUAUAAUACAAUCUAUAAAAGGCAUAAAAGGAGGCUGAGUUCUUAGAAGAGUAAAGAAGAAUUAAGGAAGAGAAAGAAAGAGAAGUGUAGAGAUUGAGAGAGAUGUAGGAAAAGGCUCAAGAUAGAGCAGCUGAAUUAGAUCUAUUAAGAGCGAAAAGAGCCAUGGAAUAAAAUGAAAGAUAAGCCAGAGAGAAAGAAAGAAAAGAAUUAGAGUUGAAGAUGAAAUUAAAUUAUGAAGUUACAGAAGCUAGAAAGCUAUAACAAAAGGAGAAGCUCGAGAGAUAUUAAGAAUAAGUAGAUUAUUAAUUAUUAUCUUAAUAGGCAAAAUUAGAAAGAGAUGAAUUCCAAAAAGUUAUUUAAAAACAAAAAUAAGAAAGAGAAAAUGAGAUGAAAAUCCUAUAAGAUAAAGAAGCAUUAAGAAAGAAACAUGCAGAAGAACUCAGAAAAUAAAUUAUUUAGAAUGAAGAGAAAAAGAAGCAGGAGGAAAGAGACAAGUAUUUAUAAUUUUUAAAUAUAGACUUGAGGAAGGAAAGAAAAUCAAGGAUAAAUUGAAUUAAGAAAAAAGGCUUUUGGAGACCAUUAAGGACAAUAAACUUAAGGAUCUAAAUGAUAAAGCAAUACCUGAUAAGUACAAAGCAGAAUUAACUAAGAAAAAAAUUAUUGUUAGUACUUGA